CGCGGUUGCGGUGACGUCAUUGCACGGCUGCCCGGCAACGCUCAACAUUGGGGGGGAAAAAAAAGAGACGACGGCUGUUGCUUGACAACAACUUGCACUUAUACCGCGCCUCCCACUCAGGGCAGCGCCCCAGAGCGCCUGACAGGGUAUAGAGAGGGUAACCAAAGGGAAGGGAAGGCCAGGAGUGUCAGUUGGUACCCGGGGUUGUCAGACCUGCUGAGGCCCAGCCCUGUGGCCGGGAUGGCUGGGAUUGUGUUGGGUGAACCCACAGAGCUGUAUAAUACCCUCAAUCAAACCACCAAGUACUCCAGACUGAGUGAGCCCACUUACCUCUAUUUGGCUGACGUACGGAUAAAAUCAGAGUACCUUGAAAGCCAUGUGAUAACAGCCAAGAGAGCCAAAAGAAAACUAGAGGAUGAGAAUGAGGAAUUUUUGAUGCCACAGGACAUAGAGAUUGAGUGCGUUCAGUUCAUCGUGGUGUACGACCGGAACACGGACUCAUUAGAGAGCAACGGUCCCGCUGUCCAAUACGCAAAACUUCUGGAGGUUGUUAGCAAUUACCCCAUUAUCGUCCUGAAUGGUGGCUACCAACGCUUCUCCGCUGACUACCCUUUCUUCAGGACCCAGAAAAUAUUUUAUAUGCCCCAGGAGUUGGACAACUUUCAAGCAUAUCCAGUGGAGAUCAUCCCUGGCAAACUGUACAUGGGGAAUUUCAAGCAGGCGUGCAGCAAGAAGAUCCAAAAAGAUCUGAAAAUCAAAGUGCAUGUUAACGUCUGCAGCGAAGGGGGUGUAUUUUUCACCGGUGAACAAAGCUCUCGCCUCUUGCACCUUCCCACUGAGGAAGACGGAACACUUUACGUCCAUUUUGACCAUACGUGCCAGUUUAUUGACGACUAUUUGAAAAAAGAUAAAAGGGUGCUAAUCUUCUCCAAUCUAGGCAUAAGUCGCUCUACCUGUGUCGUCAUAGCCUACCUCAUCUAUCUCAAGCACAUGACCCUGAAGGAUGCCUGGAAUGCAGUGAAGAAAUGUAAAGCAAACAUGCAGCCACACCGCGAGUUUGUGCAACAGCUGUCCAAAUGGGAGGAAAAAAUACUGAAGCAAAAAAUUACAGACAUUUCUGAGACCAACUUCUGAAAUGGUGUUUAUUCCAUUGCUGUUGAGGAACACUAACAACAACUUGCAUUUGUAUAAUGCCGCUCACUCAGGGAAGCUUGAAUCUUCCAUUCGCCACAGAGUUCUAUUUGGGAACAUUUCCUCAAAGUGAUUAUUUUUUUAACCAUUAAAUAUUCCUCAAACCUUU